UCCUCCAGCAGCCCAAAGUCUCCCUCUCAGGUUAAUUGGUGUCUGUAAGUUGCCCAUAGCAUGUGACUGUGUGUGUAUUGCCUCCCAUCCAAGCUGUACCUCUGCCUUGUGCUGCUUGGGAGAGGCUCCAGGCCCCCAGUGAUCCUGCCCACUGCUGUUCCCAUUAAAGCUGUAUUUGUCCAGUCACCUAUGUUGUUUUUGUGGCAAAAUAUUCUGAAGACAGUGAAAAAGCAGAGAAAAUACUUCACUAUGUAGCAGGAAUAACUGGAAUUAUAUUCCUGGUUGUCGUGACUUCAUCCAUAAUUGCUGUCGGUGUUUAUCUGGCAAAAUACUCAGCUCUAGCUCGGAAAGAACAACUUGUAACAUUUUCCACUUUAUUAAUGUUUCCAGUCAUCAUGGUUUUAUUCCCAGUUGGUCUUGGUGUGUAUCGGAUAAAAUGCCCCCGAAGGAUGGGAAGAACAGUACGACUUAGAGACAUUCUUGGCAUCAUGGGUUAUUUCCUGUAUAGUUCCAGAAUGUUUAACAUGCUGUUCCUUGCUAUUUAUUCCCAACUCUUUGCCUGGAUGAACAACAGAAUUAAAUUAGAAUAUUCAAUUCCGAUUACAGUAGCUGCUUUGGGAAUCUGUGCCUGCAUCAUUAUCAAGGAUUAUUUAUUGUAUCAGGAAAAAAAGCGCUUGGAAGGAUUUUACUAUUUUGCUCAGAAAAUCCUUUUGGGGAUUUUCUUAAUGAUUCACCUAAUAUUAAGUUUCCUGUACCUAAGUGUGAUUCUACAAAAUGACAAAGGACGACCUGUAAAGAUCUGCGAGUUUGUGUUCAUCAACAUUCUGACUGUCACAACACUCUUUGUAUUCCGGGACCGGGAACAUUUACUUGCCAAACCCCGUAAAUAUGUAUAUUUCUCAGGAGCUUUUGGUCUCCCUCUCCUGAAUUCUGUUGUCCUGGCUGUAGCAUUAAAACUCAAAGCAGACACAGGAAAACAGCCACUGGAUCUACGACUGAUUGUCCUGAUUUCUGGGUCUGUCUUCCUCUUUGGCUGGUUUGUUAUAGAGAUGUCUGCAUACUGGUUGGCAAAAAAAGAAAAAUUAAAAGAAGUGUUCGUCCAUCUUCUGAAAGCCAAAGAUCCUGAGCCAGACCAGGUAGGUGCCCAAGAUACUGUACAUCUGCUCAUGGGCGUCGUUAGGUCUGAUAACUCAGGGCUACAGUCCCGAGUGUUUUAA